UACGUCGGCCUCGACUCCCGGGGGCUGGAGGAGUUACCUUUGGAGCCCGAAAGGAGGAAGGAAGCAAAAUAUCAACAACAGCCGAGGCGGCUCGGGCACUCGGCCCCGGUCUCUUCGCUUGCCUGCCGCCUGCCUGCCCGCCCCCGCGCCCACGAGACGGGGGCCCAGGCCCCCCGGCGCCGCCCAGGGCCCCGCGCGGACGCCGGCCUCAUUUAUUAUUCCCCUCCCCGCCCGGAGCUGCGGCUUCCCGGCACUGAAGCUUUCCCCAGGACGAGGGGCGAAGACUGCCCGCUCCCUGCCCCGUGACACCCCUUUUCCAACCUCAGCGGGGCUUGGAGGCUGUGCAGAAGGUGUCCGCCAGACCAUGAAUUGAGCACUAGCUCUGGAUUGUUCAUGAGCACAGUGUGAGGUGUGCUGAGACCUGCCACCCAGCAAGCUCCUCCCCUCCCUAGCACUGAGGACUCCCAGAGAAGAUGGGGAGGAAAAAGAUUCAGAUUCAGCGAAUCACUGAUGAGCGGAACCGACAGGUGACAUUCACCAAGCGGAAGUUUGGGUUGAUGAAGAAAGCGUACGAGCUGAGCGUGCUGUGUGACUGUGAGAUUGCGCUCAUCAUCUUCAACCACUCCAACAAGCUCUUCCAGUAUGCCAGCACCGACAUGGACAAGGUGCUGCUCAAGUACACUGAGUACAACGAGCCGCACGAGAGCCGUACCAACGCUGACAUCAUUGAGACCCUGAGGAAGAAGGGCUUCAAUGGCUGCGACAGCCCGGAGCCCGACGGGGAGGACUCACUGGAGCAGAGCCCCCUGCUGGAGGACAAGUACCGGCGCGCCAGCGAGGAGCUGGACGGGCUCUUCCGGCGCUACGGGUCAGCAGUCCCGGCCCCCAACUUUGCCAUGCCUGUCACGGUGCCCGUGUCCAACCAGAGCUCCUUGCAGUUCAGCAACCCCAGCAGCUCCCUGGUCACCCCUUCCCUGGUGACGUCAUCCCUGACGGACCCACGGCUCCUGUCCCCUCAGCAGCCAGCACUACAGAGGAACAGCGUGUCUCCCGGCCUGCCCCAGCGGCCAGCCAGUGCAGGGGCCAUGUUGGGAGGAGACCUCACCAGUGCUAACGGAGCCUGCCCAAGUCCUGUUGGGAAUGGCUACGUCAGUGCUCGGGCAUCCCCCGGCCUCCUACCCGUGGCCAACGGCAACAGCCUCAACAAAGUCAUCCCUGCCAAGUCUCCACCCCCACCCACCCACAGCACCCAGCUCGGAGCCCCCAGCCGCAAGCCCGACCUGCGGGUCAUCACCUCCCAGGGAGGGAAGGGGUUAAUGCAUCACUUGACUGAGGACCAUUUAGACAUGAACAAUGCCCAGCGCCUUGGGGUCUCCCAGUCCACCCAUUCACUAACCACCCCAGUGGUUUCUGUGGCAACACCCAGUUUACUCAGCCAAGGCCUCCCUUUCUCUUCCAUGCCCACCGCCUACAACACAGAUUACCAGUUGACCAGUGCAGAGCUCUCCUCCUUACCAGCCUUCAGUUCGCCUGGGGGGCUAUCGCUAGGUAACGUCACGGCCUGGCAGCAGCCCCAGCCACCACAACCACAGCAGCCACCACAGCCGCAGCCACAGCCUCCACAGCCACCGCAGCCACAGCCGCCUCAGCAGCCACCACAGCCACCUCAGCAGCAGUCCCAUCUGGUCCCCGUGUCGCUCAGCAACCUCAUCCCGGGCAGCCCCCUGCCCCAUGUGGGUGCAGCCCUCACGGUCACCACCCACCCCCACAUCAGCAUCAAGUCGGAACCCGUUUCCCCCAGCCGGGAGCGCAGCCCUGCGCCGCCCCCUCCAGCCGUGUUCCCCACUGCUGCCCGCCCGGAGCCCGACGACGGCCUCAGCAGCCCGGCCGGGGGAGCCUACGAGACGGGGGACCGGGAUGAUGGCCGGGGGGACUUCGGGCCCACCCUGGGCCUACUGCGCCCAGCCCCAGAGCCCGAAGCCGAGGGCUCAGCUGUGAAGAGGAUGCGGCUCGAUACCUGGACAUUAAAGUGAUGGUUCCCACUCCCCUCCUCUCAGCCUCCCCGAUGAAGAGUUGACAAUCUCACCGCCCACCCCUCCCCACCCUGGGCUCCUCCCGCUCGACCCCCACUUCCUUUCUUGUGCUCCGUGUCCUGUUGACGGUUACAUUUGUGUAUAAUUAUUAUUAUAUUAUUAUUAUUAUUAUAUUUUUUUUUUAAUUUGGAUUCUCGCUUUGGAGAGGGGAUGCUGUCAUCCCCUCUUUAUCUCCACCUCCCACCAUUUUCACUGGCUGGGGGCUCUCUUUUUUUGCGGGAAGGGGGGGACACUUUGCACGUUGUACACAUAUGCUGCAGGAAGGGGGUGGGGGCCCAGUAGGCUUCUGGGAAAGGACAGGUGCCGAGCCCUGCAUGUGGGAUCCUCCCACCCCAUCCCCCAGAUAGAGGGAAAUAACCAAAAAAUUACCAAACAACAGCAACAACAAAAAUCCUACACAAUAGACAGAAAUCCCAAAGUUGACCUGAUGAGUAGGUUUGUGUUUCAAGGGGGAACGCGAGGCACAGGUUCUGAACAGGAUCUCUGGUCCUGGGUAUUCCUCUGACUCCAGGCAUAGUGGGGCAGAGUGCCCGGGCCUGUGGGCACACACACAGGACAUGCUUGCUGACCCUGGUGUGUGCCGCCUCUCCAUGGGGUGUAGGUACUGGCUGAGCUUCUGGGUGAGGACUGCUACCUGCCUGGGAGUCCAAGGCUAGAGGGCAGGGUAGCCAGGGUUGCAGUGGGGCCUGUCUGGAAGCACAUUUGGAGAGAGAGAGAGCCAUGAGGAGAGGGCUGGGAGUGGGGGAAAGGGGUUGUUGUAGAAGGGCUAGGCCAGAUAUGAGCUGGACCCUCCCUCCCCCAGCUUUUCUCUUAAGAUAAUACAGUGCAAUAGCUCCCCGGCCCUCACUGGAUGCCAGCGGCCCAGUGAAGUUGGCCUCAACGUGCAGGGAGAAUCGGGGAGAAGAACUUGAGUGAGGGGGCUGGGGAUGGCGUUGGAACAGGUCUUGUGGCAUUGGAAGGCUGGAGCCCUUCCAUGGGACAAGUGCAGGGAGGGGACUUGAUGUGCCAGGGUGGACUUCAGCAGCUCCAGGUCCCUACAAAUGGGGCCCAUCCAAGAAAGGGGGGGCCACCACCCUAGCUCCUCCGCCACCCUCUCCUGGGCCCUUCCUACAAGUUCCUUCUGCUCCUGAUCCCUGCUCUUGGCACCCUCACCCCCCCUCGGUCGUCUCGCUACCUCCUUGUCCCACCACCUCCAGGCCGUGUCCCACCUUCCCUCUUGGCUACUGUAAUUGUAAAUAGCGACCUUUGGAAAAUGUUAGCGGUGUACCAGUCCAGGAAACUGUUGUUGUUGUACUGAUAUGAAAUGAGAAUCUAUUUUUGUCACAGUAUAUUGUAAUAAUAACGACUCAAAUGGCCCGUACUGUCCAGAGAAGAUCUGCUGUUGUUCUUGCUCCUCAACAC